AUGGGUAAUCAAAAUGGAUGGUUUUUUACCUGCCUAUUUUGUGCUUUGAGCGUUCAAUCAGUAGUUUACUCUUCUUUUAACCCUGUAGACAGUUUCUUGCUUAGCUGUGGGGAAAGUAAAUCAAUAGAACUUGAUGAUGGUCGGGUUUUUGAACCUGCUAUUGGCAAUUCUAAAGUGGGUUUGUCUUCAAAUUCACACAUUGUGGUGGUUUCAAACACUGAACUGGGUGUCUCUAAUAUCUAUACUUCUGCCCAAAUUUCUACUGGAAAUACUGUUUAUACUUUUAGCACCAGGCAAAUUGGGCGGCAUUGGCUGCGUUUACAUUUUUAUCCGGUUGAGAAUAGUCAAUACAACUUGAAAUCCGCGGUUUUCUCUGUAGUGGCCAACGGAAUUACACUGCUUCAUGGGUUUUCUUUUUCAAAAUUGAGAAGAAAUAAUCCUUUGCUUAAGGAAUAUGUUGUUGAAGUGGGUGGUUCAAGAUCACGAAAACUAGUACUAACGCUUUCUCCAUGGAAUGGUUCAAUUGCAUUCAUCAAUGGGAUAGAGGUGGUUUCUGUGCCUAGUGGGAUAUUCACUUCAAGUGUUGUCCCAAUUCCAAGUGCUUCAGCAUUUGAGAUCCCAACUCAUGUUGCUUUCGAGACAGUUUAUAGAGUAAACAUGGGAGGUCCAGUUUUGACACCGAAGAAUGAUACAUUGUGGAGGAUUUGGGAAUCAGAUCAACCUUUUCUUGUUAAUGCUGUUUCUGCCCGUAAUGUUUCCGUGGAUCCCGGUUCAAUUAAGUACCCUGCUGGAGAGUCGGUUGACAUUGGUCCCAAUUGGGUUUAUGCCACUGCCCAAGAAAUGGCUGAUGCCAACGUAAAUGACCAGAAGUUUAACAUUUCGUGGGUGUUUCAUGUUGAACAAGGCUUCACUUACUUUGUUAGGAUGCAUUUCUGCGACAUUGUUAGUAUAGCUCUUGAUACUUUGGUUUUCAAUGUGUACAUCAACAACCAAUCUGCUUUGGAAUCUUUCGAUAUCUCGAGCAAAACAAUGGCACUAUCAGCUGCUUACUUCAUAGAUUUUGUUGUCAAUGUUUCAAUGGGGUCAUAUCAAAUUUUAGUUCAAGUUGGCCCUCCUAAUUUAAGGAAUUCACAGCCCAAUGCGAUUUUGAAUGGUUUGGAGAUUAUGAAAUUGAGUAAUCCUAGUGACAGCCUUGAUGGGAAAUUUGCUGCAAAUCCUUUUGAUUCUGGACCCCCCAAGAGGGAAAAGCAUGUAAUGCUUAUUAUUUUCUCUUGUUUAGGCAGUUUUGCACUUUUAGCACUCAUCUCAGCAGCCAUUCUCUUGUAUUUUUGUCAUCCGAAGAAGACAAAACAACGACGACCCCCAGCUUGGUUGCCACUUCCUACUCAUAUAGGAAAUACAGAAACUAAAGUUUCGACUGGUAGUUAUGCUUCAACGACACCUUCUUUGAACUUGGGCCGAAUUCUACCUUUCUCUGAGAUUCUAGAAGCAACAAAUAACUUCGAUGAGAGCUUGGUUAUAGGUGUGGGUGGAUUUGGAAAGGUUUACAAAGGAAUGCUGGAAAAUGGGGUUGUGGUCGCUGUGAAGAGGGGAAACCCAAGUUCUCACCAAGGACUUGUUGAAUUCAAAACAGAAAUCGAGAUGCUAUCUAAGCUUCGCCACAGACACCUAGUUUCUCUCAUAGGUUACUGUGAAGAACUCAAUGAGAUGAUCCUUGUUUACGAGUUCAUGGCUGGUGGUCCACUUCGGAAACACUUGUAUGGAUCAGACCUGCCGCCACUUACUUGGAAGCAAAGGCUGGAGAUAUGCAUUGGGGCUGCAAAAGGAUUGCACUACCUACAUACUGGAGCAGCAGAUAGUAUCAUCCAUCGUGAUGUUAAGACAACCAAUAUCUUAGUAGAUGAAUAUCUAAAUGCAAAAGUGGCAGAUUUCGGGUUGUCAAAAUUGGGUCCUACAUUGGAUCAAACCCAUGUAAGCACUGCUGUGAAGGGAAGUUUUGGGUACCUUGAUCCUGACUACUUCCGCAGGCAGCAACUCACUGAGAAAUCUGAUGUGUACUCUUUUGGAGUAGUACUAAUGGAGGUUUUGUGUGCUCGGCCUGCUAUAAACCCUGCUCUGCCAAGAGAACAAGUUAACGUGGCGGAAUGGGCAAUGCACUGGCAGAGACAAGGCAAGCUAGGGCAGAUAUUGGAUCCCCAUCUAGUCGGAUUUGUAAAUGUUAAUUCCCUAAGAAAAUUUGGUGAAACAGCUGAGAAGUGUUUGGCUGAAUAUGGAAAUGAGAGGCCGGCAAUGGGAGAUGUUUUAUGGAAUUUGGAAUAUGCUCUUCAGCUGCAAGAGGCUUCUAUAGAAACUGUUGAAGACGAGAAUAGUGCAAAUUGCAUUCCAGUCCCCCAUGUCAUGCCAGUCGAUGGGUAUGGUGUUGACAUUGUUAGCGACCACGAGUCUGAUGCAACAUCAACGGGGGUUUUCUCACAGCUUAUGAACCCAAAAGGAAGAUAGCUCUAUAAAGGUAUCUUAUCUUACUGUUUUUGCUUGGAAUGUCUGAUGUUUAGUUGUUGUUUCACCCUUCUAUUAUAAGAGGAAGGUUCAUUUUCUGUUGGAAAACCACUUGUUAGAAUGAGGCCCCAUGAAUUUUAUUCCUGAAGAGGU